ACUGUUGCGUAAAAAACGUUCUACGUACUUUUAAUAAAAUUAUGUUAUGAGACCUAUCCAGUACUUAUGCAUUUUUUGAAGCAAGUACUACAAUGUAUGUACCUAUACCUCAUAAUAAAAUGUUCUAUUACACUGUUGGAAACCUAGAUCUAGUACUUACCUUGGUAAAGUAGGCUCAACCCAUCAUAAGGUUGGAUUAAAAUUAGAUGUAAGUAACUAAAUCGUUCUAUUUUAAAUUUUUGACUUACUUACCUAGGUAUUACUACAGAAAGAGACGUUCUCGUUAGGUAGGUACUUACUAAUAUUAAUGGAUUACUUAAUUGAAACCUUCAGCCAUGUCUAAGCCUGUGUACAAUUAACCUUGAACUCUGUAAACACAUAGCUAACCUGAAUCGUGUAUUGAUGAAAACCUAGUUAGUUUGCGGGCCCCAACUCGACCAGUGUGGACAUAGGGCUAAGGCGUGAAAAGCGCGGUAAUUUAAAAAGAAAAUGUGACAGUGACAGCUUAUGUUUGGCGGGAAAAAGUUUCAAUUAUUUACAGUAACCGUACAUAACUGUACCUUUUUAAUUUGAUAUUGGUUAUUUAUGAAGUUGUACGGUGAUACUGCAGGAAUGACGAUGGCUGACCGGUUAGAAGAAGAAAUAAGGAUGUUCUGGGAGUAUAUCAAACGGAUUAGGGGGUCGUCUUUUAUUUCGCGAAACAAUGCCUCCUGAGAUAAGAGUGGUAUUGCCAAGUCUGGUGUUUUUAAAAAUACAUUUGUAUAAAUAGUUGACGUCCUUUGGGAUGGUCAUCAGUCUCCUUUUGAAGGCAGUGGGUGAAGUUGGUCAGGGACAAAAAUAAGUGCGAGACAUUUUGGACAUCACGAUGAUCAAAACCUUCCUCCUCCUCCUAACCCUCACAUCGGCGUUAGCAGCCGAGAUCUCCAACUCCUACUCUCUACUAGAAAAACAUGCUUCCUUCAACCCUGACCUAAAGACUGAACCAGUGGAGACCCAUGCGGUGUCCAAGAAGGAGUCUAGACCUGAUGAACCACACCCGGUGUUCAGAGGGGAGGGGCGGGCGAGGAUCGAGAUGGUAAAGCCUGAAGGACCAGUUGUCAAGCAUGAGAUGCUGGGGGAUCAGCCUGAACAGAAGCAGGAGAAUCGGAUUGACAACGCCCCAUCAUACACAUACGGGCCUAUGCCCACGGAAGUGGCGUACCCGGACAUCCCCUACGCGCCUGGUUAUGGCUACGACAACGGCUACCCUGCCAACUCCUACGACGGCUACGGCAAUGGCCUCACUAACUACUUGCUUGAGCCGGACACUUCAGCAUUCAGCAUGAUGUGGAGCCAGGUGCCCGACUCCAGAGCGAUCGUCGGCUUCGUCGGUCGCACCAUAGCGUGGGUCAUCAACAGCAUGUUUGUCAUCUUCCUCGGCUCUCUCCUCACUAUAGGAGUCUGUUCCUACACCAACCUCUGUUCCAUCCACUUCCACGGCGUCGGGCCCAUACAUGAGGAGAUGAGGUCCUUAAUGUCUAUGACUCCGGAGAAACUAGAGAAGAUUAGCACAGCUGCGGGCUUUGUGAAGAAUGCCAUAGACAAGUAUCAGAAGAUUCAGAAAGUUGGUAACGAGGUGAACAGGAAACGCCGCUCUAUUUUUGGAUGAUGUUUUAGUUUAUCACUUGUGGAUUUUUGUAAGAGA